AUGUCAAUGUUAAAAGUAUAUAAAUUAUUAUUUUAUAAAUAAUAUAAAAAAAAUAAUAUAUAAUUGUGAGUUUAUAUUUAUAAAAUCAUAUUUAUUCAAGAAAUAUAAUGUUCUCUACUUUACAUGAAUUUUAAUAAAAGAAAUACAAUGAAUAGAACAUUAGCUGGAAAAAUUGAAUUUAAAAAAUUAUGUGAUGUAUUGGAGAAAGUUUCUAAAGCAUGUGAUAUUACCAAAAAAGCUAAUAUUUUAGAAGAGUUUAUUGAAGAAUGUCGUAUUAUGGGUCACAAAUUAAAAACAGAAUUUCCAGAUAUGGAUAUUUCAUUCUUUCCUAUAUUAAAAUUAAUUUUACCGGACCUUGAACGAAGACAGGAGGCAUAUAAUUUAAAACAAAAGUCUCUCGCUGAUCUUUAUAUUCGUGUAUUUUGUUUAGGAAAAAAUAGUAAGGAUGCAAAAAAUCUUAAACAAUACAAAACUCCAAUUGUAAAAAAAAUCGCAGGACGCGAAAAAACUAAAAAAGAUUUUGCGGAAAAAGCUUUUUAUAUUUUGCAAAAUCGUUUACCACUCAAAAAUUCUGACUUUACAUUAGAACGAAUUAAUUUAUUUUUAAAUAAUAUAUCGUUAAAAAAUAAAGCUGAUCGACCAAAGGAUGAAAUAUUUAAAUUUUUAUUAGGAAAAACGAAUGCAUUAGAAUUCAAAUGGAUAACACGAAUUAUCCUAAGAAAUUUAAAACUUGGUAUUACGUCGAAAAAAAUAUUGCAAGUUUUUCAUCCAAAUGCAAAUUCAUUAUUUGAUGUAUCAUCUAAUUUGCAAUAUGUUUGUGAAAAAUUAUAUGAUCCACAAUUAAGAUAUCAUUGUGACAUUCAAGUUUUUUCUCAUUUUAAACCUAUGUUAUUAGAACGAUGUCAGAUUGAGAAUAUAAAGAAACUUUUUAAUGAAAAAGAACAAUAUUUUGUACAAUGCAAAUAUGAUGGUGAACGAUCUCAAAUGCAUAUGAAAGAUAGAAAGUAUAAAUAUUUUACACGACAAGGAUAUGAUAUUACGAAUUAUUCUGGUUUUGGGGAAACUAGUUCUUUAGGUUUUAUGAGUAAUGUAUUUGAUCGAUUAUUAAAUCAAGAAGUAAAAUCAGUAAUUUUAGAUGGUGAAUUAAUGGGUUGGCAUAAAGAAAAGAAAUUAUUAGGUUCAAAAGGAAUGAAUUAUGAUGUUAAAAAAUUAUCAGAAAAUAGUCAUUAUCAGCCAUGUUUUGUUGCAUUUGAUAUUAUUAUGUAUAAUGAUAUAUUAGUUAAUAAUGAACCUUAUGAAAAAAGACUUAAAAUUUUAAAAGAUAUAUUUAAAGAAGAAAAAGGUUCUCUUUUAUUAUGUAAAUCUAUUAAAGUUUCCAAUAGUGAGGAAUUAUGUAACAUAUUUAAUGAAAGUGUUAAAAAUAAAGAAGAAGGAAUUGUAGUAAAAAAAUGUGAUAGCAAAUAUAAACCAAAUAUAAGAGAUGGUUCUGGAUGCUAUAAAAUAAAAGCUGAGUAUUCUGAAGAUUUGAUACAAGAUAUAGAUUUAAUAAUACUUGGUGGUUAUUAUGGUGAUGGAAAAUUUAUAGAUUCAAUAAAAAGCUUUUUAAUGGGAGUAGCUUCAUCAUCAAAAACUCCUGGUGAAAAUCCUACAGAAUUUUUAUCUGUAGUAUCAGUUAGCAAUGGUUUAUCUAUGAAUACAUUGAAAGAACUCUGGAAAAUAUUUGAAAAUAAGUGGCAAACUGAACGCCCUAUGAAUGUAAUUCCUCCCAAGAUCGAUCCGCCAGAAUUAUGGAUUCGUCCUGAAAAUUCUAUUAUUUUAACUGUAAAAGCAACAGAAAUGAUACGAAGUUCUAAUUAUCCAAUGGGAUAUAGUUUACGAUUUCCUAGAGUUACAAAUAUUAGAAUUGAUAAACCAUGGUAUAAUGUUUGUACAACUAAUAAUUUGAAAUCAUUAAUUAAGGAUACGUGGCCAAUUCAAAAAUUGACAAAAAGAAAAGUAAAUUAUGAAGACAUAGAUGAAGAUGAAGUAUCUGAAACCAAAAUAUCUAAAACAAAAAAAUAUUAUUCAAGAACAAAGAAUGAACAAACAUUGAUAAAACCAAAUAUUUUUGUUGAUCCACCGAUUCAACUUACCCGACUUUUUGAUGAUAAAGAAAUUUGUGUAAUAAAUGGCAAUGAUGAAUUGCCUAAAGAACGGAUUGAAGAAAUUCUUUUGCAACAUAGAGCAAAGGUUGUACAAAAUCCUUUAAAAGAAAAUUACUGUGUUAUAAUUGGUAAUGUUAAAACGAUAAAAGCAAAUAAUAUUAUACAAAAUAAUAAUAUAUGUAAAAAAUACGAUAUAGUAACAUUAGAUUGGUUCAAACGGGUUACCAAAGAAGAAAACUGGUCAUCAUUGCAAGAUUUCUUACCAUGGGAUUUGAUAUGCAGCCGCGAAUCAACAAGACAACGAUUAGCACAAUAUUAUGAUGAUUAUUACGAUCAUUAUACUAUAGAUGCUAAUGAAGAGACUUUACUUCGUUCGUUUAAAAAAUUAGAAGAAACGAUAUUAUUUCAGGAGCAAAAUAUUAAAUUUGAUUAUACAAAAAUGAAUAAAAUAGAUCAAGAAUUAUUUGAUAAUAAAAUAUCUCCUUAUUCUCUAUUUCGUGGUAUUAUAGGAUAUUUCAAUGAUCCAUCAGAUUUAUCAAAAUUUCAAUUUCGAUUUAUGGCUGGAACUAUUAAAGAAACUAUCGAUGAUUCUGUAACAAAUAUCUUUAUUAACAAUAAUUAUAUCAAUACUGAACUUCAAAAUUUAAUUGGUAAUAAAUUACAAAUGUUAACAAUUAUUAAAAGUGAGUGGAUUGAAGAAUGUUUUAAACAAAAUGCAAUUAUUCCUCACUCUAAGUAUCUGAUUCAAUAAAAAAUAAUAUAUUAUAAAAUUUUUAAAUAUCUGUAUUUUAUAUACCAUAUAAAUAAAAUAUAAAUAAAAUUAAUGAAUUAUAUCAUAAUAAAUUUAAAAAUUAUAAUGUGAUUCUAUUUUUGAUUAAAAUUAAAGCGAACAAAUAAGAAUACAAAAUAUAAUUUUAGAAUUAAGUGUUCAAUAAAGAAAAUUUAACAUAUAAAUGUUACGUGUAUAUUUGUAACAUGAAAAUAUAUAGAUUCAUUUUGGCUCAUAUUUUCGUUAAGUGCUAAAGAAACUGGGUACUAGAUGGAGUGACAGUUAGACAGUUCGCUCAUUUAACAUCCCGUUUCGAAAUAUUUGUUCUUAGUUGAAGUCGGCACCCUUGUUGUUCUCGUUUUAUUUCAUCGGAAUGCAUGCAAAAUACGAAGCGAAAGGGACGCAGCUGCGACGUUUCCUUUACAAAGCCUGCCAUUCAGAGAGAUUCUCGAGUAGAUUAAGAUGAGAGAACUUUGGAAAAAAGACUUUAUAAGUACAGACAUCGAUACGAUAACGAGAAUCUUCAUUCUGAGAUUAUUCUUGAUUUAAAUAAUCAUUUCUAUUAUUAAUUCGUGUUACUAAUCUGCAAACUUAGUGCACGAUGUAAGAUCAUUAAUUUUAAUUCAUAACUUAUAAAUUUAAUACCAACAAUAAAACAACAAGAGGAAGCUUUAUUUAACUUCUACAAAAUCAAAAAAAAGUAAUAAUAAAAAAUAAUACAUUAUAUAAUAUUAAAAAUAUACAAACUUAUCAAAGAAAAAACAUGCAUCAUUUGUAUCAUCUAAGAAUCUAAAAAAAAAAUUCUUCAUUCACAAGUUUAUAAUUGCGCAUAAAAAGUCUUUUAAUUUUUUUUUUGCACAUCAACUAAUUGUAAAUCAUAGUUGAGAUUUUUGGCAAAGAUGUAUAUCAUGACAUUGCAUGAUGUAUGUAUAAUGUUAACUAUUACCGAUAUCUCGUUAGCGUAAAGGAAGAUUUCGUCUACCAGGUCAGAACAUAAUAUAUGAAUAUGACUGACAUUUGUGUCCGUAGAAGAUCUACUUAUAGACUCUUCACCUACGGACACGACGCAUAUUAAUCGAGUUUCAGAUUUUCCAAACGUCUAACGGGACGCGUCACUCCUUUGCACCACAUCCAAUUUAUUCACAUCCAGUGCUAACUUAGUACCUGCCAAUUACGUAUACUCGUUACUGUUGUUGCUUACGUUUCAUCGUCACACGAUAAAUUUAUGGCUUAACUGCAUCACGCUUGAAUUCUGUAUUUAUCGAUUGCAAGUUUAAAUAAUAGCAAAUGAUAUUUUAUAAAUGAUAUCAUUAUUUGUCCAUAUGGACUUUUUUUUUUUAAAUAUGUAUAAUAUCAAAGUACAGAAUUUCUAUUGUUUUUUUUUUCAAGUACUCUUAUAAUUAAAAUAUAUUUCUUCAACAAUCUCAAUUUUAUUUUUAUAUCAUGCUUACUUACAUUAGAUAUUUGUUUUCUUUUUUGUUAAUUCUAAUAUGUAUUUUUAAUAUUCCAUCUAACAUGACGUUUAUCCAUGUAUAUUAUCUUCUUCUUUUGCGCACAAAAUUUUGGUUUCUUCUUUUCUGAUCUUUGAACUUGUUUUGUUUCUGUGUCUGUUUCUGUUAAACUAUAAUCAUCUUUGAAUGUUGAUAAUGAUGAUGUGGAGCAUGAGCAUGAGCUCGAGGAAAGAUAUGUGUUUUUUCUCUUCUCGUUUUCAGGAAAUCUAUUCCAUAAUUGAAUAUUCGUACAAGAAGAAGAAAUUGGUUCUUGUCUAUGACAAAUAGAAUUUUGUGAUAAUAUAGACCAAGAGUGACAUCGUUUCGACAAUGAUGACUUCGAUGAUGAAGAUAAUAGAAGAGGAUCUAUUUUUGUAUUGUAUUUAUUAUAUCGAUCAUUUGGUAUCAUAUAACGCGGAGACUUAUAAAUUGAACAUGGACACGUAUCUAAGCUGUCAUGAACAGAACUCUCAAUAGUUCCGAUAGAAGUGGUCGGUGAAUUAUAACUCUUUAAAUUCUUCGAUCUAUUAGGUGUUCUGUUUUUGAAGAUAACUAUAGUCGGUUUUUCUUUAUAUUUCAUCGAUGGUGGUUUAUAUUUAAACGAACGAGUUUCAUGAGACAAUAUAAAUUUAGGAUCUAUCAUCGAAUCAUUUUUUUUUUUCAUUUUUAGACAUUCACACAUGUUGUUAUUUCUAUGCAACUGUAAAUUUGUAAAUGGCAUAUUGUACUGUGAUCGAAUUGAAGAAUUAGGAUACGAUAAAAAUUGUUUUCUGCUACUCCAUCGGGAACCAUUAUAAUUAUAUGAUCUGAAAAAUUGAAAAUAUAUUUUAGAGCAACAAACUUAUUCUACAAAUUAUUGUAAAAAAAGGCUUAACUAACUUUGUGUUACAAUUACAAUUUUGACAAAAAAAUUUUGACAGUUUUUUCUGUUUCAUAUUUUUAUACCAAAGAGUAGGAAAGGUUUUUUGUUGAACCAUGUUUGAACCAAUUUUAUUGCUGCGAGAUGAGUAUUUCUUCUGUAAUCUUGAAUUCGAGAAUUGAUGUUUAUUUAUGGAGUGUUUUAAAUUGCAUUUUUGCUUUUGUUUGAAGGGAAAUACUUGUACAUCGUUUAAAAAAUUAUUCAUGAUUUUACCAACGUCUAAUUCUUGAUGCGCGUUAAUUUUUUCUGCGUCUUCCACUUCUGAAGACAAAUUGAAUUCAACAACUUUAUCAAUUUCCAAAUAAUCUUUUGACAAUUUAUUUUUGAUAGGAGUAUAUUUUUUUCGUAAAUCGUGAUACAAAAUUGAAUUCAUACAAUUGUCUGUAAUAAUGGUUUUACUGAAAUUUAGAUCAUUUGAUAAAAAUUUUUUAUUUGAAGUUUUUCUCAAACAUUCUCGCGGUGUAUCGAUUUUAUUAGUUCUAUGGGAACUAUUUUUCUUUUCCAAAAUAUUUUCGUUAAUGCACUUUAAAGGAUAUUUUAUAUCAUUACGAAUAUCUUUUAAAAUAUUUGAUUUUUCAAAAUUUUUAUUCUCCUCGCAUCUAGUUUCAAAAAUUCGAGGAGAUAAUCGAGGAAUAUUGCGAUUAAAUGUCGAUUUUAAUUCUAUAUUUUUUUUAUCCUUUUCCAAAAUAUUUUUUUUACUUUCUUUUUCCUCGGUGCUACAAGAAAUUUCGUUUGAAAUUUCUCCUUUAUGCAUGUGUAACAUGUUUAUAAUUUCUUCAUUCGAAACACUAUUUUCUUUCCCAUCUUUAAUAUUAUCUUUAUUGUUAUGCAUUGAUUUAUCGUAUAUCCUCCAAUGAUCGGAAAUAACAUCAUGAGAAAGGCGUAGAUGAACACAAUGCUGCCUGUUUUUUCUUCUUUUCAUUAAUUUAUGAGCGCAUACAAGUCCACUGCAAUGGCGAAAAAGACAUUGUCUACCCAUUCGUUUUCUUCGUUCAUUGAUAGCCGAUUCUAGGAGCUAAGUAUUCGUGAAAUAGAAAUUUAUUGUUAGCAUGUAAUAUAAUAUAUUACACGACACAUUUUUCGUUUACCUUGGUUUUUCGAUUGAGCAUCGUUAGACAACACGUCCAAUUUGAUGAUGAUACGUCUGCAAUCGAAGCAACCACGAGAUCACUGAGCUGUUGUAUCGUGAAAAUCAUUCACGAUGGUAAGACUUACAGCGAUUUGCUGGGGAAGUCGAAAUUACCAUUUUCAUUUUUAGGAAGGCCUUUUCCUAAUGCAAAUGCAGUCUCCGAUAUCGGUUGGUCGUUCUCCAAAAACCAUUCCCGGAUCUUCGUAUACCCUGAAAGCCGCACAUAAUUUUUUUUAUUUUUUUAUUUUUUUUCAUAAGUAUAAGAGAAAAAAAAAUCAAAUAUCUUAUAUUAUUGCUAUAAUAAUACGUUCUUACAUGUCCAAACGUUUCUUACAGCCACAAGCAUAGACUUUGAUCCGAGCCCUGCUGUUAAAGUACAAUAAAAUUUUAAAUUUAAAUUUAAAUUAAUAUUUGUCAUUUUUUAAAGAAUAUGGUUUCAUGCUUACCCUUCUUUGCAUUCGCAUCUGCCUGGUCGUCUAAAGGACAAGAAUUAGUACUAAGUAUUAGAACUUAUGAUUAUGCGAUGCACAUGAUAUCGCUGGUCAUACGAUGCGCGAUAUUCUUUAGGAUCUUGCAACAAUUCUAUUAUUUAUUAUAUCGUAUAAACAAAAAAGAAGAAAAAGAAAUAUAAAAUAAAAUUAAAAAAGAUCACUGGAGAAAUCUCGCACGUAUGACCAACAUGACUCACUUUUCUCCUUUACGACGUAAGAAUUCUCGCAUUCUCGCUCUACACAAGCAAGUAUAUUCCCUGUAAUAAACAUAUUUUUAUUGUGUUUAUCCUCUUCGGUUUUCGAAAGAUAAAAUUUACCUCUCUUUCAGGAAAACCACAUAGAAGAAAAGCAUUCCUGUAAAACCUGCGAUGAACUUUCCUAAAUACCAAACGAAGUUGUUGGUACAGUGGGGCAUCGCAAUUGAGUUUGAUCACUGGCUCACCAGCUUAGUUACGGCUAAAUCAAAAAAUGUAUGUAUGCAGUAUAAAAGAAUAAAUUAAAAAUAUUCCAUAUUCCAUAGAAUUUUUAAAUAAUUAUUUAUAUCUUUAGAAUUAUCCUCGAUGAAAAAUACAUCUUCUUUCAUAUUUUAUUUCGACAAAAUGUCUCUCGAAUGUGCAUCGAAUAACAUUCGCACACAUCUUACCUUAAUUGAAUGAAAUGAUAUUUAUAAUCGAAGAGUAGUAUAAUUGUUUUGUGAACGAUUGCAUUACAAACUUUUGCGACGAUACCGCUCAAUUUUUUACCGUGUGCCUCGAAUUUUUUUUUUUUUUUUUAAAAGGUUAGUUGCUCCUUUGUCGCAAUGUUUUGUUCAUUUAAUUUAUGGUUAUUUGAAUUUUGAAUUACAUAACAUAUUUACAACUUCGAGGCUCACACGUUUUGUUCCUCUUCUGAGCGCGCAUUUAAGAGGCACGCGCAAGAAUUUCAACCGUGGGGGUACUUUUGCAACUGUCAGAUUGAUGGAUUUAUUAAUUUUCGUAUAUACCAGGAUUUCGGAUAACCGUGUUAUGCAUAGAACCCCGGGACCUGAACAAAUGCAAAGUGCAUCGAUUUGCAAAUGUCAAAAUUAUCAGAGAGGCAAGAACGUUGCCUACUCUUAACACUCUCAUUUUAAUUUUCUCAAAUUUUUUAAUUCUAAUUUCAUUUUCCACAUUUUCCUCAUUGUUACAAUUUUAAGAUAAUAUUUUUUAAAUUUUAGAAUUUUUAAUAUUUUUCUUUUUUUUUUUUUAAUACAAUCUUAGAAUUAUUUCCAGUUUUAAAUUAAAAAAGGAAUUAAAUUAAGAAAAUGUUCCUCUUUCUCUUUUCCUUUUCUCUUCUUGUUAUUAAUCUUGUUAUUAAUAAUUUUCUUGUUAAAAUUCUUAGUCCAGGACACAAUGUUUUCGCAUGAGUACAGAGAGAAAGGCCAAUCUUAGCUAUGGAUAUUCCGAGGUGCAACAUCAGUUCGGUCACGCAUCUUCAACGGGGGGAUCUGCCAAAUGGUGGAAAGAUGUUGAAUGACCUGUCAACAUAUUUGCCCCACUGACAACACCCUCGAGCAAAGCUGUCCAUGCUUGAUGGAGAAAAAGGGAGAAACGUCUAAAGUGACACCCCUUCGUUCCACGCUCAUUAGGAUAAAUUCUUUGGUGCGUUUUAUGCAUUCCUACCAACGAGGAUAUAAAUUUAAACUUGUCUGAUUGUUUGGUUCCCUUCGUCGUCUUGUAAAAAAAAAAAAAAAUGUUCUUUUACUCUUUUAGAAAUCGUUCUUUUAAAAGAGAAUAAUCUAUCGAAAUUUGACGAUUUAUUUUACCCAAGAUAUUAUUCGAAUAUAAAUCUCUUAGACUUUCUUAGACUUAUACGUAGAAGAUAGCUACUAAAGUUGGUUUGUAGAAACGUCAUUGUGUGUCCAAGAAAACGAGCUCAUUUUCGGUUACAACUAAAAAUAUAAUAUCGUUUAAGUAUCAGAAA